AAAACCAGGAAACAAAACACUGGAAGCAGCUUAACACGUUAAAACAUGAAGUAAAGAUGCUGAUGCCAUAGUUUUAAUAAUAUAAACUCUAUUCUGCAUGAACACAAUGUUUGCAAAUUUUUGCUUGUGGUUGUUUCUUUUGAUUUUACACGUCUUGGAAGCAGGUGUUUUUGCAGUAAAUAGCAAACAGUUCAACAUUUUGUACUUAAUCGCUGAUGAUUUGAGGCCAACGUUAGGCUGUUACUCUGAUCCAGUGGUCAAGUCACCAAACAUCGACCAGCUGGCAUCAGUGAGCACAGUGUUUCAUAACGCCUAUGCACAGCAAGCUGUUUGUGGACCUAGUAGAGUGUCUUUCCUAACCAGUCGGAGACCAGACACCACAAAGCUGUAUGAUUUUAACUCUUACUGGAGAGUUCAUGCAGGGAACUACACUACACUUCCUCAGUACUUCAAGUCUAAUGGAUACACCACUUUAUCAGUUGGCAAAGUCUUCCAUCCUGGCAUUGCAUCCAACCACUCGGAUGAUUACCCGUACAGCUGGACUGUACCGCCGUAUCAUCCACCCUCUUUUAAAUAUGAAAAGAGGAAGGUUUGCAGAGAUAAAGAUGGCACGCUGCACAGUAAUUUACUGUGUGCCGUGGAUGUGUCUGAGAUGCCUUUAGGAACCCUUCCUGACAUAGAAAACACAGCAGAGGCCGUCCGACUCCUGGAGUCUAUGAAGGACUCCCACAAUCCAUUCUUCCUGGCUGUUGGCUUCUAUAAGCCACAUAUUCCUUUCAGAAUCCCGCGGGAGUACCUAAAGCUGUAUCCUAUUGAGAGUAUGACGCUGGCCCCGGACCCAGAUGUUCCUAAGAAACUUCCUAAUGUGGCCUACAACCCCUGGACUGACAUCCGCAAGAGGGAAGACGUUCAGGCGUUAAAUCUGAGCUUUCCUUAUGGCCCUGUUCCUAAAGACUUUCAGCUGCAGAUCCGACAGCACUACUUUGCCGCUGUAUCAUAUGUGGAUGCUCAAGUCGGAACAAUUCUGCAAGCCCUUGAUGAUUUUGGCCUCGCCAAGAACACUAUAGUGGUUUUCAGUUCAGAUCACGGCUGGUCAUUAGGAGAACACGGCGAGUGGGCCAAAUACAGCAACUUUGAUGUGGCCACCCGAGUGCCAUUGAUCGUGUACAAGCCAGGUGUGACCUCACCGUUCCCUCGGCCUGGGGAGAAGACGUUCCCCUUCAUCGAUGUGUUUCAGGGCACACGGGAGCAGUUUGGCAAAGGUCGAGGAGUUGAGAGUGUGGUGGAGCUGGUGGAUGUCUUCCCCACGCUGUCCAACCUGGCCGGGUUGCGUCCUGUGCACCACUGCCCACCCUCAUCCUUUAAGAUCGAGCUCUGCACCGAAGGCUCAAACCUGGCCCAUCUUAUCCGUAACUCAGAGAGAGAGCUCAACAGAGAAGCCUACUCUUACAGCCAGUACCCUCGACCCUCCGACUCCAUCCAGGAGAACUCGGACCUGCCUGACCUCGCCGACAUCCGCAUCAUGGGCUACUCUAUUCGCUCCUCUGACUACCGCUACACCUUAUGGGUGGGCUUUGACCCCGUCCGCUGUCAGCCUAACAUGACGGACAUCCACGCGGGAGAAAUGUACCUUCUGGCAGAAGACCCUGGAGAGGACAAUAACGUGUUUGAUGAAUUCGCCCAGGCUUCAGUGUUGUGUAAGCUCGGCGUGCUGCCGUCGUGGACAGAGAGUUUAAAGCAUCAUGUAAUGUAUCUCAGCAGCGGGUUAAAAUCUAAAGGGAUGCUGUGAUUCUAAUUUGUCUUGAUAUGACAGUAAAGGGAACAUGAAUCAAUGUUACAAAACCAGAAAAACAUGUCUGGUCACACUUCAAUUAAAACUGACAGGAAGAAUUAAAACGUUACAUUUUGCUUUAAGCUUUGUUUUUUUUUUAUUGUCAUUCUGACAUAUUGUCAUCAUAACUACCUCACAACUGUCAUAAUCAAAAUCCCAAUAAUCUUGCAUUCUCAUUACUGUAAUGUGAAAAUAUUUUUCAUUACAAUACCUUUAAUUUAUUCUGAUUUCAUUAAAAUUGUAUUAUAGUAUUUAACACUAAAAUACACGAAUAAGAAUUUAUAGUAUCAAAAUUCUUAUGACCAAAAUGCAGAGAAGAUGAAGUGAAUGUGUCAGUCUUUUUCAAGUCAGAAUAUAUUAAUAGGCAGUGUACGGCAUGUAUUUGGAUUUGAAUAAAUAAUUACAGUUUACUACAUUACAAUAAUUAGAAUUUCAUGAGAAUAAUAAUAAUAAAUAUUCCACAAGGCAAAAAUAGUAAAGGUUUUAAUGAAAGAAAUUAAUAACAAUAAUUUAAAUUAUAUAUAUAUAUAUAUAUAUAUAUAUAUAAUUUUUUUACUUUUUUUUUUUUUUUUUGGUUGAAAUGUGGCCAGGACAUAUUUUUGUUGGGUUCAGUUAAAUAUGUAUGUACUGUAUUCUGAGCAAUAUUGCAUAAUUUACUAACAGUUAUUUGUCCUAUUUUAUUCAUAACGAUUCAUGAUUUUGUUUUGGUUAAUUUAGGAUCAUGUGUGUCAUAAUGCUCAAAUGAAAUAAAUUUGCACAGCACUUUUCUUUAAAAUAAUAAAAAGGGAUAUUUUCA